AUGAGUCCGGAACCCUCGAGGAUUCUGCUGGUCGACUCGUAUGACUCUUUCACGUAUAACUUAGCAGCUUUGUGUCGAAAGGCUAUCCCAAACUGCUACGUGCAUAUCAUCAAGAAUGACGAUAUAGAGCUUAAUGAUCUACUAUCAUAUCUACCCUAUUUCUCCGGUGUCAUCGUCGGUCCCGGCCCAGGAUCUCCAAAUAUCCCAGAGGACAUUGGUCUCGUCAAAGACCUAUGGAAGAUUGACGACGCACAUCUUUUGCCGAUAUUUGGCGUUUGCUUAGGUCUUCAGAGUUUAGCUCUUGAAUACGGAGCUAUCCUACGGAGGCUCUCCGUCGUCAAGCAUGGUCAUGUAUCUGCUGUCGAGCACAGUGGCACAGAUAUAUUCAAGGGCGUCGGGCCUGUGGGUGCCGUUCGUUACCACUCACUCCACGUCGAGUUGAGUGGUGCGAAGAACAUUGAAGAACUCGCAUCGACUCAUGACGAGGAGAAUGGGAGGGUAGUAAUGGCCCUUAGACAUCGCACUCGACCAUUCUGGGCCGUUCAGUAUCAUCCUGAAUCAGUUCUCACGCACGGUGGGGGUAUUGAAGUCAUGUUAAACUUCUGGCGUUUAGCGCGGACUUGGAGUUCUUCCCGUGGGCGUGUCACACGCCCAUGGGAUCAAAAGGCAGAUGGAAUCUUUGGCAUUCCGUGGCCAUAUAUUCGCCCAUCACCGAGUACCCCUCGUAUCAACACGCCACUAGCCGCCUCUACGAUAAAAUUGAGCAUCCCAGGCCUAUCUGCUCCUGAUAUAUGCGAGGUCUUAGGCGUUGACGACGAUUCGUCUCCCUUCGUUAUGCUGGAAUCUGCUGCACAGCCAGGCAGAUUCACUAUCAUCGGCUGCUUGACUUCGACGUCCAUGCGGAUCACAUACACCAUUGGAGAUAGUUUCGUUCAUCUCGCAGAUGGGGAAUCAUGCGAUCAAAUAGAUCUAGGAUCCCAGGACGUGUGGUCCUGGCUUACUUCUUUCAUGAACAAGCGGAAGGUUACCGGCGGCUCACCAGAAAUUCCCUUCUGGGGUGGCCUCAUUGGCUACCUGAGCUACGAACUCGGCAGCGAAUCUCUCAAAGUACCAGCCAGCAGGGUAUCUAGCCAGUCACGACACCCCGAUGUCAACCUCGCGUUUGUAGAGCGCAGCAUAAUUCUCGACUCGACUUCUGGACAGAUUUAUGUCCAAUCUAUCACGGAAGAAGACAACGAAUGGCUGAUGGCAAUGGCUGCAGAGCUUCAAUCUGCCGCCCGUAAUUAUUCAACAUAUUCUUCGUUUAAUACUACGCCUUAUUCAACAAAGGCGCGACCAAAUACGUCUACUGUUAUUUUACCAGACCGGGACCUCUAUAGAUCCCGCAUCAAUCUUGCGAAGGAGCACCUCUUCGCCGGAGAAUCCUAUGAGCUGUGUCUUACAGCUAACACUCGCAUCACUUUGAACGAUCCGCUAGCACCGAAAGCUUCAUCAACCUACUCGCCUUCCUGGCAGCGUUAUAAACACCUUCGCGAGCUCAACCCCGCUCCUCAUGCUGCUUACCUUCGGUUGCAUCCAACCACUUUACUGGCCUCAUCACCAGAGCGUUUUCUCUCGUUCACUCGUCCACCUGGAACCACGUAUCAACUACGUCCCAUCAAAGGCACCAUACGGACGGGCCCUAGUAUCACCCGUGCUGUUGCUGAGCAAGCGCUCAGGGGCAGCCAGAAAGAGGUUGCCGAAAACCUCAUGAUUGUCGAUCUUAUUCGGCAUGAUCUGCAUGGAGCUGUUGGGGAGAAUGUAGAAGUCAAACAGUUCUGCACUGUGGAGGAAUACAAGACAGUUUGGCAGCUUGUUAGCGUCAUUGAAGGCAGAUCGGCAGACGGCGCUGAUCGAGCUGCUAGCUACUAUGCUAAUGGUGCACUGGGGUGGGAGGUUCUCAGACGCAGCUUACCCCCGGGUAGCAUGACUGGAGCCCCGAAAAAACGCAGUGUUGAGAUCCUCCAAUCAUUGGAAGACGAAGAACGCAAUGUUUAUUCCGGUGUCUUUGGUUACUGGUGUGCUGGCGGUGGUGGUGACUGGUCUGUUACCAUCCGAAGUUGCUUCAAAUACGAUGACCGGUACGAAUGCGAUGCUCAUUCGUGGACGAAAUUCAAUACCUCUGAUUUCUACCCUGGCGUCCACGAGCCGGAGUAUUGGGUGAUUGGUGCUGGAGGGGCAAUCACUGCAUUGUCCGAUCCUGAUGCAGAGUGGGACGAGAUGCUGGCAAAGCUACAGUCGGUGCUCCGCGUUUUUGGCGCGGCUGUACCUCGUGGGCAUUAG